CUGAUUUUUUUCCAUCGUUAGAAAUUCGGGAGUCAUGCGUUGGUACGUUUAACUUUUAUAUUCAUCUUAAUCGGUCAAGCGUUUGAAAUCGAAAUCGAAAGUGAAAAAAAACAUGGCGUCAGUAUCAACAUCCACAUGUUCUCUGGAGUUCGAAGAAUGUGCUCAUAUAAAACAAAUGAAGUUGAUCUCGGCAUUGCCGAAUAACAUGACAUUUAUACAGGCGUUUGAACGAUAUCAUGGGGGGAAUGAAAAGGUUCCCCAUUUCGAAGUGCGAGGCAAGCAGCAUGGAGGCAAAGAUAGUUUUGACAUUACCCCAGGUUUGACCAUCGGUGAAGUUAUAUCCUCGUUUGACAUUCGGUGCUUCGAAUUCAAGUGCUUACCAUCUGAACACGACGAAAUUAAACAAAUGAUUACCGAAGCAGCUUCAAACGCAUCCAAAACUGCAAGCAAUGCCUUUCAAAUUCUUAUGGCUGGGGGCAGGGGUUAUCCUAACAAAAAGGCAACAAGUAGUGGGAUGAAAGAUGGUGUGAACAAAAAGGAUGAGAUGUACAACAUGUUGGUUGAUGAUUUCGUAAAGAAAAACCUUAGCUUUGCAAAAUGUACAGCUAAUACUGAUGGAUCUUACUUCAUACAGGUAAUUAGAGUAAUUAAUAAAAGUUGAUUUCUUGUUACUUUUAUACUGUCUAUAAAAAGUUUUCCAUCAGACUGAUCUGUAUAUUAUCUCAUUUUCAGUGUGAAGUAAAUUUCUGAUUUGAAUUUUGACAGGUUACUUUGUCAGGAAGGUAUAAUAUUUCAAUAGACAAAUCACAAUAAUACUCAUAAAAUACUAAUUCAUAAACAUAUAGUGUAUUGUGUCUAUCAGUGUAUUUAUACAGAUACAUGUAGCUUAGAAAGGCAUGUGGUGGUGUCACGGCUUAAUUAGUCUGCUUUGCUUUGAUAUAUUUCAUUGCUUUCAAAUUCUGUAUAAAUUAUAAAACAAAUUAUUUGCCAAACAUUAUAUUGCAUUAUAUAAUCCUUCAUCUCAGUACUGCACUACAAAGUAUUUACUACUCUAUUUCUUCAUCUCAUGUUUUAUCUUAAUCUCAUUUUCAUUGCAAAAAUUAUUGAACAUUUAUAUGUAAAGUAUGAAGCAUGCAAUUUCAUAUUUAUGUACAAACUAUUUUAUAUCCUGUAUAUUUUUAAUAGGUGCUGUGCAAUGCCCUUUGGUACUUGACAAACCAACACUCAGUUAUUGAUGAAGCAUCUCGACAUAAAAGGAAUAUACAGCCAGUUCCAGAUGUGUUUUCCAAAUAUGAAGGAUUUAAUGACUUGAAACGAAAGAAACUUAAAAGUCAGCCACUCAAGUCCACAGAUUUAAAAACGCAUGCAGAAGCAAUUUAUAGUUUAUUGUUGAAACCUGUUGUCAACUCUAGCCCUGAAUGGAAGACUGAAAAUGAUAAUUUCAAACAGCUUGCUAACUGUAUGAUGUGUUACAGCCAGAAUUUAGAAGGACAGCAGAAAGCAACAACAUCAUAUCAUGCUUUGACACAUCCUGUACGCACUAUAGGAGAACAUGCAACAGUUGAACAUAAAAGCAGUGGUGUGACAAUAAAAUCAAAAUAUUCAUUGCUUGAUGCUGCUAUGAGAGAAGCUCAGCUAGAAUCUCCAGUAUUUUUUUAUGAGUCUUUGCAUGUUAAAGAACCGUUUAACACUUCUGUUCAAAAGUACAGAUUUUUUAAUGAACUUCAACUCACUGUUCCUGUUGACAUAAUCAGAUACUGUCCUGGAGGACCACAAGUCACAACAGUGUGCAUGUUUAAAGUAAAAGAGAGUCGCCCUGAAUCUGUAAUUCUUACACAGGGAGCUAGAUUCCUCCAAAGGAUCACUUCUAAUCUUAAAGAAGUACACACCAGAGCUCAGAGAGCAGAAUUCGAUUCAAUGGUCAACAACAUAGCUCAUAUCUCACCAGCUGUGAAAACAUUUAUCUACAGAACAUUGACUAACGAUGCAUCUGCACCUUCAAAUCCUGUAAUGGAAGAAAGACUAAGACUAAUUUCUCUUGGAAAUACUGAUAUUAUUGAUGACUUGCGGCACUUAAAUACAGGAAGACCACAUGCAUUUAAUAACUUCUUUCAAAAGCUUCAAGAAAUUGUGGAGGAAGUCACAGCUGCUGACGAUCGCAGACACAAUGUAUGUCAUAUGUCUCAGUGGAUAUCAUUAAAGGAAAUGAUAGCUAAAGCAGAAGAAAAAUGUGAAAAAGAUGACCUUAUUCCAAGUGCUAGUCUUGUUCGGUUGCAGUUUGCUCCACGCAACCCUUAUACCCACAAAGCACUAAAUUUCACAUCCAAAAUUAAUGUACAGUACAAAAUCCAGCACCGACAGUUGCGAGUUAGCCACCCAGAUGCCCAUUAUUGUGCUGCACAGCUGAAGUAUUUGAAAGAAAUGUCUGUUGAAUUAAAAGACUUAGCAGUACUGUUUUUUGUGAUGAUAAAGCUAAAGUGUCUAUUGGGGAACCUAAAGCUCCAGUGUCUACUGGAGUGAGAGGAAAGGCAACAAUUGUGCCUGUAAAUUCAACAUUGUGUGCCUUAGAUCAUGAUAUGACAAAGGCUUCUUUGACACCUUCCGUGUAUCUUAAAUGUGACAUUCCUGAAUCAGCUGCUCAGUCUUUUGUCCAAGGUGAAGUUACAAAUGUUGUGAAUGACUCUGUGUUUGAAACAUCUGGUCCAUUUCGCCAUGCAGCAUCCCUAGUCAAAAUAGCUGUCAAAGAGGACAAGAAAAUUUUGCUCCGAUUUACAGAUGGUGGUACAGAUCAGCGUAAUAAUCUGGAAUCUGUUAAGUGUUCUAGCAUUUGUAUUUUUCGAGAGCUGGAUCUGGAUAUGCUUGUUCAUGCACGCUGUGCUCCAGGUCAAAGCUGGACCAACCCUGCAGAACGAAUCAUGUCAGUCUUAAAUUUAGGUCUACAGAACUGUGCUCUGGAGAGACAAUGCGGUGAUGAACAGACAGAAAAACAGUUUCGAAAGUGUAAUUCAAUGGCAGAUAUUCGGUCAGCAGCAGAAAAUGAUCCUAGCUUGAAGAUUAAAUGGAAAGAGUCUAUGGAAUGCACUCAGUCUACAGUCAGAAAUAGAUUUCUCAGACUUUCCCUUAAGGACAAACCAAUGCAGGCAAUGGAUCCUGUAAGUGAAGAAGAGAUUGAUCUUCUUAAAAGGCACCUAAGAGAGCUCUUUCCAGAUAUGAAUAUUGAAAAACUACAGAAAGUCCAUACUUCCAAAGUAGUAGAUUACAAUGAGUGGUUAGAGAAACACACAAGACAGCGUCAUUACUGUUUUCAGAUCCGUAAAUGUGAAGACCGCAGUUGCUGUUCGGAACCACAGAACAAGAAUCUUGCAUGGCUACCAGACCCAGUCCUAGAUGAAUCGGGCGACCAUUACCUUCCCUACAGCUCACUCAAAUCCACCGCCACUACAGAGGAUGACAGACCUUCCCUCAAAAAAUUGCCUGAAACUCGAAAGACCAAGAGAAAGUCCUCAGAUGCUCCUGCUACAGCUACCAGCACAACUGAUCCAAGAAUGGAGACUGAAAAUGACACUCCUUGCUCUUCAAUUAGUUCAAGCACUAAAUCUGUUAUAACAGCUCAGAAUGCACGUGCCCUUGUUACCUGUGUUGAAUGCAGAAAGCCACGUGUUUUGUAUUCAAAACAGAAACUUUCCCAGAGACAAGAACUUACCCUUGCUCUUACCCUUAGUGAAUAUGAUUACACUUGUGGGGCCCCUGUUUUGCCCCCUAAUCAUAGUUUAGCAAAAUUUAUUCAGAUUAGAACUGAAAUGAGUUGUAUUUCUCCCAUUGAAGUGCCAUACUAUUCAAGUGGUAUUGGCAGAGGAGAUUUAUGUGCACAUUGUGCCACUGAAGAUAGUCAGUGCAAUAUGGAUUUGAAAAAGAAAUAUAAAACUGUUUUACCAUUGUGUGGUAACUGUCAGGUAGUUGGAAAAAAGAUAUCGUGUAUCGCCCAUAUGGCAAACAAAAGUGAAGUUGUGUAGAAAAAAAAUAUAAUAAAAUAAAAAAAUAAUCCUACCUACCGACCC